GUGGAAUAGAGCAUCAGAGUAAAAGAGCCUUUGCAGCAGUAAUUACAACACGACACAUCGCAACUCAACUCCCAAAUCGCAACCACUAUCGCAAUAAAUAAAUUCAAUAUGAAAGUAAUCGUGUUUUUCGCUGGUCUUAUUUGCGCUUUCUGCUUGUUCCGUGGCACCCAAGCGGCGCCUGCUGAUUUAGCUGUCUUCGAACCAGACCAAGUUCAGUUGGUAUUACUGAAGGAGGAUCCAUUAGUUGAAGAGUUGACUCGUCCAAAGCGCGCCACCUGCGAUUUACUGAGCGGUUUUGGGGUUAAGCACGGCGCAUGUGCUGCUCAUUGCCUACUUCGCGGCAACCGUGGCGGUUACUGUAAUGGGCGUGGUGUCUGUGUCUGCCGCAACUGACAUCGUGCUGCUAAGAGGAAGAAGAAGGCAAAUGCUUCCGAAGUAGCAUUACGCUUAGUUAUAUUCUAUGAUUAAAUAUUUAUUGUCUAAAAAUAAUUUUAAUAAACAAAAUAAUGUUUUAAAUAAA